AUGACUUUCUCCUUUAAUUCCUCGGAGAGUCUGGGCAUGCUUCAUGUCAAUUGGAAACCUAUGUUUAUACUGACUAGUCUAGGGGUUUCAUCAACUAGUUCGGAGUACUGUAUCGAUUUUCUUGAUCGCUCCCCAUCGGAUGUAUCAUGGAUUGGGAGUAUCCAGGUAUUUCUAGUAUUCUUUAUUGGAACAUUUACUGGUCGUCUUACCGAUGCUGGGUACUUUCGUCUAGUCUUUUUGGUCGGGACUAUAUUUAGCGUGGUAGGCAGGUUUAUGGCCUCUCUAUCAACACAGUACUGGCAAUUGUUCCUCGCUCAGGGAAUCUGCUGUGGCCUUGGUAUCGGGUGUCUGUUCUGCCCAGCGCUAUCAGUUGCAUCUACAUCUUUCUCAAAGAACAAAAUGUUAGCCGUCGGCAUAUGCGCCUGUGUUAGUGCUACAGGAGGCUUGAUCUUCCCAGUCAUGUUUCAACAACUAAUCACACCUCUUGGCUAUGGAUGGAUCAUGAGAAUCUUUGGUUUUUUCACUACAGGCUGUUUGACGAUCUGUAAUAAAUUAGCGAAACCGAGACUUCCAUCAUACGGGAUUUUUACAAUCCAGUAUGAUUGAUCGGAAACAAAGACUGUUUAUAUCAAUACAGCCACAUCUACAAGAUAGAUGGCAUUAAACAUCGCGCUCAAGAUCAACCCUUCUUCACCAUCUACAACCAACUAGGUGCAUAUAACAGCACUUUUGCCAUUUACAACACUCUGAAUCAUCAGAUAGGAGCAUUAAACAUAAAGUAUUGAAAAGUUACGAGAUUUCAUUGUUG